AGCCCGUCUCCAUGGUAACGUGUGCUAAGUUGCAGCAGUCGUGUCAAAGUUCACUAUAUAGAGAGCUCAGUGAGCUGAUCAGAGAGAAAGCAUUCUGCCAGCCCGGCUCCUACCAAUCGCAAAUCACUUCCUAACCUCCGCCUUUUUAACAUAUUUGAUCACUUUGAUUCCCUUCUCCGAUUCUUUCUCAGCGCACGGAAGAAGGGUGUUGUUGUUUUUUUGCAGGUUGUGAUCUUUAUUGUAUUUUUUGUUUGUUUUAGUGGGGUUUUUAUUAUUAUUUUUUGCGCCGGGGGGAGAGUUGCCUUCAUAUUUCCCAAGCUCUCCAAACCAUUUUGGCUUCAUCUGCGCGCUUUUCUGGCGCAAAACCUCACGAGGAGGGUGAAAAAAAAAAGAGGGGAAGCUUUUCUUUUUUUCUUUGCUUAGUUUUCUCCAAGACUUGUGCUGGAACUUGAGAUUAAGCUGCUCACCAAUCGUUUCAUGCUGCUGCUGCUGCUGCUGCUGCUGCUGUGGGGAGCGGUCUUCUCAGCCUGCUCCAUCCUCCCCUGAACGGUCCAUGUUACCUCGGUUGUUUCUUUUUGAAAUAUUUAAGCCACCUUUCCUCAUUGAUGGGCGUACUGGAUGGCUGACUGUAAGCGCCCCUGGACUUGGCCUUUAAGCGCAAGGCAGCCGCUCCGCUCGCCAUCGCAUCAGUUCUGAAAAAGAAGAAGAAGAGGAAGAAGAAGGAGAAGAACGUGCCUCCCAGCGUCUCCAAACAGCAAUAAAACCAGUUUUCGCGACGAUCCCGAGUGAACCCAGCGUUCGGCGGUGCUUGAUCGGUGUCCGGGCUUGUUAGUCCCUGUUCGCAGCGUUUUCCUCCAGACCUUCACACACCGCGACACCAAAACGGCAGACAAAAAGUUUCUAUCCGUUGACUGAUAGAUAUGGCAAUGGUAGCGUGGAGAGGCUCCCAGGACGAUGUGGCUGACACCCAAGGCGCCCUUUCCUCGCAAACCCAGGGAGGACUGUCCCUGGCCACCCCGCAGCCGGGCCAGCUGAGCCUGACAGCCUCCCAGAUCGCCGCUCCGACCCCUCAGACCCCGGUGCAGGGACCCCCGAACAACGCGCAGUCCACCCCGACGAACCAGACGACGCAGCAGUCGGAGAAGCAGCCGCAGCACAUCGAGUGCGUGGUGUGCGGGGACAAGUCCAGCGGCAAGCACUACGGCCAGUUCACCUGCGAGGGCUGCAAGAGCUUCUUCAAGCGGAGCGUGCGACGGAACCUCACCUACACGUGCCGUGCCAACAGGAAUUGUCCAAUCGACCAGCACCACCGCAAUCAGUGUCAGUACUGCCGCCUCAAGAAAUGCCUUAAGGUCGGCAUGAGACGGGAAGCCGUGCAAAGGGGACGGGUGCCACCCACGCAGCCACACCACGGCCAGUUCGCCUUGACAAAUGGAGACCCACUCCACUGCCAUUCCUACUUAUCCGGAUAUAUCUCUCUUCUGUUGAGAGCGGAGCCUUACCCGACGUCCCGCUAUGGCAGCCAGUGCAUGCAGCCCAACAACAUCAUGGGCAUCGAGAACAUUUGCGAACUCGCGGCCAGGAUGCUAUUCAGCGCCGUGGAGUGGGCCAGGAAUAUUCCCUUCUUCCCAGACCUCCAGAUCACCGACCAGGUGGCUCUGCUGCGGUUGACGUGGAGCGAGUUGUUCGUGCUCAACGCCGCGCAGUGCUCCAUGCCCCUGCAUGUGGCCCCGCUCCUGGCGGCCGCUGGCCUGCACGCCUCCCCCAUGUCCGCGGACAGAGUGGUGGCCUUUAUGGACCACAUUAGGAUCUUCCAGGAGCAAGUGGAGAAGCUCAAAGCUUUGCACGUUGACUCUGCCGAAUAUAGCUGCUUAAAGGCCAUUGUGCUCUUCACCACAG